AUGGCGAGAGAAGGACCCGAUGGGGAAAAGACUCACGUGUCAACGCGGGUGGUGGGGACUGUGGGGUAUGCGGCCCCCGAGUACGUGCUAACGGGGCACCUUACAACGAAGAGUGACGUGUACGGCUUCGGCGUGGUGCUUCUGGAGCUGAUGACGGGAAGGCUGGCGCUGGACAAAGAAAGACCGCGAGAGGAGCAGAGCCUUGUCGAGUGGGCCUCGCCCUACCUCUCCGCGCCCUCCACGCUGUACCGCAUAAUGGACCCUGCCCUUCGCGGCCGGUACUCCGCUCGCGGCGCACAAAUGGUCGCAGCGAUCGUCAAAGAGUGCCUGCAGAAGAAAGCCAAGCGCCGCCCGAAAAUGUCCGAGGUGGUUGCAGCGCUGCGCCCAGUGCUUGAUCUUCAUGACAUGGCGGGUUUCUUUGCUGAGGACAUGCGGGCGGGCUUAGAAGCCUCGUCUGCCCAGUCCCCGCCAGGCAAGUCCCAAGGGGGUGAUUUCCCCAAACGUUGCAGGCAGCCCGUGGCGUGCGGGAAGGCCAAGGAGUCUGCCAGCUGUUUGAUGUGGCAAACACCAAGGGGAACCUUUCACACUGGGUUGGGGAGGGAUGGGAAAGGGAAAGGGUGA